AUGGGCGUACUGCGAGUUAUCCGCGAAACCUAUCAGCUAGACGCCGGCAAGUGCUCCUGCGUGGCCUCAACACACGUUUCGGAGAACUUCAUUGACUGUCCCGGGGGCAUCGUUUUCAAGCGUUCGGUUGGGCCCUGCCAGCCGAAGCCCGACGCUAAGGGCGAGGAGGUUGGAGAUAGGUUCCGUCUAGUGACCUGGAAUACAAUCUCCCGGGAUGGUUGCAAGUGUGUCCAAAAGACCCACCGGGUGCUGGAAGCCUGUGGUAAGAUUCAGCUGUCACAUCGAAACUGUCCCAAUAGGAUGAGUUUUGCUAGACUAACUGUGGUCGGUAGAAUCGCCACUCUUUAA